UUAGACGGAAGCCGAGAGGUUUCAGUUCGUGUGGUUUUACAGGUCCUCGGGAGGUAUCAAGCUCAACAGGAGGGACGUUUGCCUGCUUGUGUCGCCCGCGCCGUUGCUCACUUCUCUUAAACGUGCCAACACUUGGGCUGAAGAGUCCCUGCUCCUCCCACCUCCGCUCCGUUUAAGUUGUGCUUUUCUUCUUGAAGGCCAGGUCCUCGCCGGAAGUGCCUCUGCGCGGUGUUUCUCUUUUCCCGGCCCGCGACGCGGCGAGUUCCGGCUGGAGAGAGGUGGGCUCUGCUUGAGAGGAACAGCACGGUCCGCUUGAGGCUGGCGCGUCCUUGUCUAACUUGAAGCCAGGGGCCUGCGAGGCCAGUCCAGCGCGCCUGCGCCAUGGGAGUCCAGGGGCUGUGGAAGCUGCUGGAGUGCUCCGGCCGCCGGGUCAGCCCCGAGUCGCUGGAGGGCAAGGUGUUGGCCGUGGAUAUUAGCAUUUGGCUAAACCAAGCACUUAAAGGAGUCCGAGAUCGCCAUGGGAAUAUGAUAGAAAAUGCUCAUCUUCUCACAUUGUUCCACCGGCUCUGCAAACUCUUGUUUUUUCGUGUUCGCCCUAUUUUUGUAUUUGAUGGAGAUGCCCCACUGCUAAAGAAACAGACCUUGGCAAAGAGAAGGCAGAAGAAGGAUUCUGCAUCCAUUGACUCUAGAAGAACCACAGAGAAGCUUCUGAAAACCUUUCUGAAGAGACAGGCUCUGCAAACUGCCUUCAGAAGGAAAAGAAAUGAAGCUCUACCCAGUCUUACUCAAGUUCAGAGAAAGGAUGACAUCUAUGUUUUGCCACCUUUACAAGAGGAAGAAAAGCACAGGGCAGUGCCUACAAGGAAAGAAUGUCAAGAAGAGAGUCAAAGACUCUGCUCACGUGGUAAAGCUACCACCAUGUCAGAAGAAUUCUUUCAUAAUCCUCAUGCCAUCGAUAUCGAGUCUGAGGAUUUCAGCAGCCUGCCACCUGAAGUAAAGCAUGAGAUCUUGACUGACAUGAAGGAGUUUACCAAGCGAAGACGAACACUGUUUGAAGCAAUGCCAGAGGAGUCUAAUGAUUUUUCACAGUACCAGCUGAAAGGCUUGCUUAAGAAAAACUACCUAAACCAGCACAUAGAAAAUGUCCAAAAGGAAAUGAACCAGCAGCACUCAGGACAAAUCCAGAGGCAGUACGAAGAUGAAGGAGGCUUUCUGAAGGAGGUGGAGUCAAGGAGAGUGGUCUCUGAAGACACCUCACAUUACAUCUUGAUAAAAGGUAUUCAAACUAAGAAAGUCAUGGAUGUGGAUUCAGAGGCUUCUCCUUCUUCCAGCAAAAGGCACAGCAUGUCCUUCGACCUGAAGUCGUCACCCCAUGAGAAAGUGAAGCCAGAGAAAGAACCAGAGGCCACACCUCCUUCUCCAAGAACCUUACUGGCUAUGCAGGCAGCCAUGCUGGGAAGUAGUUCAGAAGAGGAGCCAGAGAGGGAGAGAGAUUCGUGGGCCACUGCAGAUGCAGGCUCCGUAUCACCACAGACCCUUGCAGCUAUUCAGAGAGCUCUGGAUGAUGAUGAAGAUGGGAAAGUGUGUGAGGGGGAUGAUGAGCCAACAGGAUGGGCAGUGGUGAGAGUGUUGGGUGGUGAUAAAGGUGGGGAAGUUUGUGCCGGGAGUGAUGAGCUGGCAGUGAGAACUCAGGCUGGAAAUAGGCCAAACCAGGAGCACAGUGAUGGAGCUGUAGCAAGAGGUGGAGGCGUGCCAUUUGCCACAGUUCCUCCUUUACCCACCGUGACUGUAGUAAAGGAGUAUGUGGUCAGCUCCAAUAGUGAAAAAGAACAGAUAGCCUCGGCUCCGUCAUUGAAUACUGCUUGUCACGAAGCUGGUGAAUGUUAUGCUCCAAAAGAACAGAUGUCACUUACUCAUGUGGUGAAUGAAGCAUCUCAGAUAAGCAAUGAGUAUGAGGUUGAGGGGAAGCAAGCUCCCCUUCCACCAGCAUGCACAGAACAACUGUGCAGUGAUGCCUCCGGACUCCUCAGGGAACCUCCAAUAAGAACACAUUCCGAUCAGAGGAUGGACACACACCCUGAAGAGCCCGAGCUGCAGAAAGGUCUCUACCCACCUGAGAGUAAAUGUGUUUCCUCUCAUUUUUCAAGUGAUGAUGAAGCAGAAAGUGUACAAAAUACUGCUUCCAAAGCAUGGAGCACAGUUCACAUCCCUUCAGAGGCAAUGGAUAACUUAGAAAAGGCAUUGUCUUCUAAUGCUGACGAACAUGGAGGUUCCCUGAAAACCAUCCAGCAACGGGAGAUGCCUGAAGCCACUGCCAGGGAAUUGAUUUUAGUCCCAAAGCCCAUGGGACCAAAGGAGAUGGAGUCUGGAGAAAGCGAGUCUGAUGGAAGUUUCAUUGAGGUACAGAGUGUGGUCAGUGAUGGUGAACUUCAAGCAGAGUCAUCGGAGCCUUCUAAACCUCCCUCUGAACAAGAUGAAGAGGAACCAAGAGGAACUCUGGAGGAAGGAAUCCCCAGGGACACAGAACACCUCCUACAGGACAGCUCUGACAGUGAGGACUUGGUCAAGAAAGAGCACAAAAAAACUGACGGAUAUGCUGAGGACUCACCUAAUGAAUGGCAAGAUGUUGAUUUGGAGGAACUAGACAUCCUAGAGAGUAACCUCUUAGCAGAACAGAAUUCACUGGAAGCUCAAAAACAGCAGCAAGAACGGAUCGCUGUUUCUGUAACGGGCCAGAUGUUUCUGGAAAGUCAGGAACUCCUGCGCCUGUUUGGCAUUCCCUAUAUCCAGGCUCCCAUGGAGGCAGAGGCGCAGUGUGCCAUCCUGGACCUCACUGAUCAGACUUCUGGGACCAUCACUGAUGAUAGUGAUAUCUGGCUGUUUGGGGCCCGGCAUGUCUAUAAGAAUUUUUUUAACAAAAACAAGUUUGUAGAGUACUACCAAUAUGUGGACUUUCACAACCAAUUAGGAUUGGACCGGAACAAAUUAAUCAACUUGGCUUAUCUACUGGGCAGCGAUUAUACUGAAGGGAUCCCAACUGUUGGCUGUGUAACAGCCAUGGAGAUUCUCAAUGAAUUCCCUGGACGAGGCCUGGACCCACUCCUAAAAUUCUCAGAGUGGUGGCAUGAAGCUCAAAACAACAAGAAGGUUGCAGCCAAUCCCUACGACACCAAAGUAAAAAAAAAAUUACGGAAGUUGCAGCUGACACCUGGCUUCCCCAACCCUGCGGUUGCAGACGCCUACCUUAGGCCUGUGGUGGAUGACUCCAGGGGAUCGUUUCUAUGGGGCAAACCUGAUGUUGACAAGAUUAGAGAUUUUUGUCAGAGGUAUUUUGGCUGGAACAAGACGAAGACAGAUGAGUCCCUUUUUCCAGUACUAAAGCAACUGAAUGUCCAGCAGACCCAACUACGGAUUGAUUCCUUUUUUAGAUUAGCUCAACAGGAAAAACAAGAUGCCAAACACAUAAAAAGCCAGAGGCUGAACAGAGCUGUGACAUGUAUGCUAAGGAAAGGAAAGGAAGAGGCAACUAGUGAGCUGGACAAAGAGGUUGAGGCCCUGAAUAAGGCUAAAGGGAAAACCCCAAAAAGAAGCCUAAUGAGCCCAAGAGAGACAUCAGUCCCCCAAAGAAGGAGGUCUUCAGGAAGUGGUGGGUUUUUGGGGGACCCCCACCUCUCAGAAUCACCUGGGGAUUCAAGUGAGGAUGCAGAAGGUUCAUCUGUGAUGUGCACACGACGGAGAAGAGCAGCUGAGUUGUCAAAAGUCAGCUGCUCGGAUUUGCCUGACGUAGUGAGAGAUGCUCAUGGAAGGGAUGGUUAUAUGUCCACUAGCAGCUCCAGUGAGAGCGAUGGUGACAAAACCAAGGCUGUGCUAGUGACUGCUAGACCUGUAUUUGGGAAGAAAAAAGGGAAGCUAAGGAGUAUGAGGAAAAGGAAAAGGAAAGCCAAAUUUUAAAAAGCCAGUGAUUUGGAAGAACAAUGUUUGUAAUGUAUUGAGAACAUAAGAUUAAAUCUAUUUGUACAAUCUCUA